ACCAACGGAGACGCCUCGUAUACGUCGGGCUUCGUAGACAAACACGGUCUCAUCACCUCCUGAAAUUUGGCCGUGCUGCUGCUUACAUACACUAUCCCUCAAAGCAUUGAUUUGUCCAAUCUUACUAUAAAUUAAGCAGUUCUAACCGACCGACUUGCCUGUCAUCUUCUUGCUUUGCGCAUUUUGCUCCACCUGUCUAACAUUCCCGACCGAAGACAUGCUCAAGUGCCAUACCUGGUAGCGGUAUUGCUGCAACACCGACCGCGGAGACCCCGAACCUUGUCACACGCAGGCAAACCAGCUCGACGGUCUCGGGACCUACCCCCAGCUCUCCAGUAUUCGCGACCAGCAGACUGUCGAGUGAGGCGGUCAUGUCCGGCCGCCCCCGCAAGCGGGUAGAGGAGGAGGCAGCAGCUGAGGAGGCCUGGACUCUUGACAACUAUGCGUGGGAUCCCCAGCAAUGCGUGGCGCGGAAAAGGACCAAGACGACCGAAGGCCACAGCGCGCAGGCUGUGUUUGGAGCCCACAGCUACCUGGAGGGCUCGGGCAAGGCGGCCAUGCUGGCAGCCGGCAGUCAGCUGCUGCAGCAGCAGCUGUCGGCGGUGCCGUGCAUCGAGCCGCUGCCGGAACUGAUCACCGUCAACCCUGAGGAGUGCGACCCAGCCACACACUGCGAGGUGACUGGCUGCGGUCUGUGCCUGGAGGGCCUGAAGCGCUACUACAUCCGCAUGCGUGUGUGCGAGAAGCACUUGCACGCCCCCGCGGUUCUGGUCAACGGCACCAUCAGCCGCUUCUGCCAGCAAUGCGGAAAGUGGCAGGCCGUGGCUGAGUUCGAGGGCAGCAAGAAGAGCUGCAUCGCCACUCUGGAGCGACACAACGCGCGCCAUCGCGCCAAGGUGCAGGCCCGCCUGGCGGAGCAGCAGACGCGCGGCGGCGCUGCCGCCGCCGAGAAGGCCGCCGCCAAGGCCGCCAAGAGCGCCGCCGCUGCCGCAACCGGCGGUGCCAAGCGCCGCAGCGGCUCCGCCGCGCCCAAGGGCCGCGCCGCCGCCGCCGCGCCCAGCACCUCGGGUGCCUCCGGCGGCUCCGCCGCCGGCAACUCCGACAACGCCAAGAGCUCGUUCGGCAUGGCGGACCUGAUGGGUACCGCGGCGUCCGCCUUCGCCGCGGGCGGGCUCAUGCCCUACCCGCCGGCGAUGGACAAUGGCGGCACCACCAACCUGUUGCAGCCAACCUUCGGACCAUGGGAUGCAGCUGGCGGCGCCAACGGCGCCGGCGGAGCAAGCAGUGGCGCGGGCGGAGCAAGCAGUGGCGCGGGCGGCUUGCCCAUGCGCCCACCCAUCACCACAGGCCUGGCUGGUGCCGGUGCCGGCUCUGCCGGCAACGGCGUCAGCCUUGCUGGCAGUGGACGGCUGGGGUCUGUGGAGGUGACCGGCGGCUUUGUACGCCUGCCGCAGCAGCAGCAGCAGGAGCAGCAGCAGCUGCUGCUGCCAAUGCUCAUGUCGCAGGAGGGCGUGGAGAUCGACCGGGCGCUGCACGCACCGCCGCACGACGCCUUCCGCCGCGCGAGCAGCAUGAACCUGUCGCAGCAGCAGCCACUGCUGCUGAAGCCGCCGCAGCCGCCCGAGGACGUGCGCAUGGCGCUGGGCGCCGUCAAGCAAGAGCUGCUGCUGACCCAGCCGCCGGCCUUGGCCGGUGCCAACGCGCCGCCGCCGGGAGCCUGGCGUCAGGGCUACCCAAUGGGCGGCCCGGCGGCCGGAACGUACGACAGCGGCCUGCACGGCUAUGCCGGCAGCGGCGGCUACGCGUCCACCUACCCGGCACGCAUGGGCUCAGGCAUGCCCGGCGGCCCUUUUGGGGGCGGGGCGCAGCACGCGCAGCACGGCUACAGCCAGCCCUAUGACGGGCACAGCACGCCAGGCCACAUGCAGUUCGGCGGCGGCUAUCCGCCGCAAGCCGCCGCCGGCUACCCUCCUCACGCCCAGCACCAGGACCAGUUCCAAUUCCAGCAGCACCACAUGCAGCAGCAGCAGCAGCCUUACUUGCACAUGCACCAACAGAACGUGCACCAGCACCAGCAGGUGCAGGGAUACCCCGCAAACAGCCCCUUUCCGGCGCAGCAGCAGCACACGUCAUACGCCGCCACGCCACAGCAGAACCAGGGCACCCUGUUCCCGCAGCAGCAGUACCAGCAGCAGUAUCAGUACCAGCACCAGCAGGGUGCGGCGCCUGCUGCUGCUGGCAACGACGCCAGCUUCAACCAUGCCACAACCGGCAGUCGCGGCAGCGCUCCCAGCGCGGCCACUGCCGGCGCCAUGCCCGGCGGUGGGGCCACCGGUGCCGCCACGGGCGCGACGCCCAACGCCAGCUCGGGCAGCGACACCUCCGGCGUCCAGUCGCAGGCGACGGCCCGCCAGGCCAUGGCGGCCGCCGCCGCCGCGGCGGCGGCGGCCAGCGGCGGCGCGCCGCAGCCGCGCGGUUCCAGCGGCACCGCCGCCUCCGGCGCUAGCGGCAGCGCCUUCGCCAACAGCCAUGGCGGCGGCAGCGCCGCCGCCGCCGUAGGCGCGGGCGCGGGCGCCGGCGGCGCCGCCGCCAUGUCUGACAGCGGCGCGCUGGCGACGCGGCUGAACAACGUCAUGGCUGAGCUGUCGACGCUGGUGGCGCAGGUAGCGCACCUGCAGCAGCCGCCGCCGCCGGCCCUGGCGGCGCCCGCUGCCGGCCAGGCGCUGCCCGCGCGCAACGACUCCGCGCCGGCGGACAUGCCGCUGCCGCUCCGCCUCCCCGCCAUGGCCGCCGUGGAUGCAGCGGACGCGGCGGCAGGCACUGCGGGCCACUCGCCGCGCUCCGUCAGCGCGCAGUCUGCGCCGACGCGGCCAGGCAGUGACGCCGUGACGUCAUCGGCGCGCGCGGGCUCCAGCUCCCUGUCGCCUAUCAUGGACGCCGCCCUCGCCAUGAUGUCGCAGGUGUCGGAGUUGGCGGCGGCACUGCAGCCGGGCGCUGAACCCGGUGCGGCGGCGCUGGCGCCACAGCAGCAGCCGGGCUUCCGGCCCGCGAUGUGGGCGGUGACGACAGGCAUGCCUGCGGCCGUGCAAAGCCAGCCGCAGCAGCAGCAGAUGCUGCAGCAGCCCGGCAGCGGCAGCAGCGGCUGGGGCAGCCAGCAGCAGCCGCAGCCGCACCAGCAGCAUCUGGGCGAGAUGGCGGCAUCCUCCGCCGCCGCCAAGCCCUUCCCCACCGAGUUCACGGCUGCCGGCCCGGGCUUUGUCGUGAGCACGGGCUAUCCCGGCUCCAGCAGCGGCAACGGCAGCGGCGGUGGCGCGGCGCCCAGCAGCAACGGCAACGGCAGCGCCAGCGCCAGCCAGCAGCAGGCCUGGAUCCCGCCGCAGUCCAUCUCGGCUCCCUACGUGCCCAGCGCCGCCCCUGGCCAGCAGCAGUCGCUGCCGCCUGCAUUCGCCGGAGCUGCCGCCGCGCAGACGCCGUACAGCGCCGCCAGCCACGCCGACAGCCCCUCCACCACCGUCAGCGGCAGUGCCGCCCCGUCACCCACGCAGCCGCAGCCGCAGGUGCAGCCGCAGUCGCUGCACCCAGGCGGCGGCGCCGCCGCCGACGCCAAGCCGGGCGACGUCAGUGCAGCUGCCGCCGCCGCGGCGUUUGCGCCGGACGCCGACGGCGAUGACCUGGACGAGCAGCUACUUGGCGAGCUGUUCGACUACCUGGAGGAGGAGAACGGAGCGGCGGCGGCGGCGGCGGCGGCGGCGGCAACCGCCGCCGGCAGCGGCCACGCAACGAUUGCGGUGGCGGCGCAGCAGGCGGUUGGCAACUACCAGCAGACGAUGGCGGCGCAGCCGUACCCGCUGCCGGCGGCGUCCCUGGCGCCGCCGCCGGCGGCGGCUGCGGGUGGCGCCAUGGCGGCGCCGCCGCCCCUGGUCGAGGACGACGUGGACGAGCGCGAGUUUACACGCGUGUCACUCAAGGCCAUGAAUGUGCUGCCGCACGAGCUGCCGCCCAGCCUGCGCGCCAACCUGCGCCGCUGGCUGCGCGAGUCACGCGCCGAGGCGCUGCAGGCCACGCUGCGCCCAGGCUGCCUCCAACUGGUUGUGGACGUGGCGCGGUCGCUGCGCACGCCCGCCGGCGCCCCCGUCAGCGGUGACCUGGCCUCGGUGCUCAUCCCGCCGCACGACGCCGACCAGGCUGCCGCCGACGUCUUCCGCAUUCUGGGCCAGCGCCUGCGAGACACCUACGUGCAGGUGGGGCGGCAGGUGCUGCAGAUCCGCGUGGGCGAGCGGCCCAUCGUGCUGAGCUGGGAGCAGGCGGCGGAGGACGGCGGACUUGACAACGCGCGCUUUCCCGAGCUCUUCACCUGCAGCGCGCCCGCCGUGUGCGCAGGCGCCGACGUGUCCCUGGAGCUGACGGGCAAGCACCUGUGCCACCCCAGCACCAAGGCCUUUGCGCGCCUGCGCGGCCACGACCUGCCCGCGGCGCGCCUUCCCAACCCCUCCCCCCCGGCCUCCCCCUCCGACCCGGCCACAUCCUUCCCCUCCACCUCGGAGCCGGAGGCAGGGACCGAGGCGGACAAGGCUGCAGGGUCGAGCCGCGCCGACCCCGCCACCAGCUCCGGCAGUCUGCUGCGCGUGCGGGUGCAGCUGCCGGCGGGCGCGGUUGGGCUGAUGGUGGUGGAGGCGGGCGUGGGCCACUUGCUGGGCGGCUGGUGGCCGGUGCUGGUGCUGCCGGCCGGUCGUGACGCGGCGGCGGCGGAGCUGGGCGAGCUCAGCACGCAGGCGCAGGAGGCGGCGCGCGCAGAGGCCAAGGCCGCCUCGGAGGAGGCCGCGGCGGCGCCAGCGCCGGGCGGCACCGCGAAGCGCGGGUUUGAGAGGCUUGUCCGCGACCUGGCGUCGGUGCUUGAGACGCACGCCGACGUGUGCGCCUCGACUUCGCCCUCCUCCUCUGCACACGCCACCUCCACUGCCACUCCCGCCAGCCCUCCCGAUACAGCCACCGGCGCCUCCAGCUCCAGCCCGCAUGUUGCUCGCUCCGCCGCCGGCGCCACCAGCCCGGGCGCCGCGCAGCCCAGCGGCAGCACGCACACCCGCAGCUCCGGCGACGGCACGGUCGACGCCAGCACCACCGCCGCCAGCGCCGCCGGAUGGUCCAUGUACACCACUGACACACUCACGGGCACCACCGGCGCCGGCUCCACCGUGGCAUCGACGCUGCACACAUUGACCACCACCACCACCACCGGUCCCCGCGGCGGCGCCGCACACCAUGGUGGUGCUCACGCGGCCGGCGCAGUCGGCGCGGGCGGCUUCCCGGGCGCCGGCACAGCACACGCCGGCGCGCCGGUGCGCCUUUCCUCCCCGACUCACAGCGUCGACGGCGCCGCCGCCGCCCCCGCCCGCGCGGCGCCUGUGGUCGAGCCCACGGCUGACGCCGUUCGCAAGGCGCUGGCGCGGUCCGCCCGCCUGCUGCGCUACACCAUCGCACGCGGGCGGCCGCACCUGACGGCGCUGCUGCUGGAGGCGGCGCACGGGCUGGCGGCAUUCCCGGGCGCGCUGCCUGCCGCGGCGGCGGCGCAGUCCGCCAGCGCCUUCAUGGCCGCCGGCAUCGACCUGCAGGCGCUGCUGCCGCUGGCGGUUCUGUCUGGCUCCGUGGCCACAGUGGACGUGAUGGUGGGCUUCGCGGCGGCCGUGCUGCGCGCGCCGCUGCGGCUGGACCUGCCGCAUGGCCCCGCUGGGUUGUCGGCGCUGCACCUGUCAGCGCUGCUGCGUGACGGCGGCGUCAUGGCCAGCCACCUGGUGGCCAGCCAGCCCUGGGCGGCGUGGAGCUGGGUGUGCCUGGGCUGGCAGCCCCCCAGCGAGGGGCCGCGAGCGCCCGCGGCUGCGACUGCGGCCGCUGGUGCAGCGGCUGGUGCGGGCACGGAGAGCGCUGCUGAGAAGGAGGAGGUUGUGGCAAAGGCUGAGGACAAGGAGGGUGGGGAUGGCGCUGAGAAGGAGGCUGGGGAGGAGGAGGCUGAAGCUGACGAGGAGGAGGAGGAGGCGGAAGAGGAGGAGGAGGAUCUCCUCGCGCCCGUGCCGCUGCCCACCAAGCUCACGCCCGGCGCGCUGUGUGUGCUGCUGGGCCAGACCGCGCCGCUGCAGCGCGCUCUGGCGCUGGUGCAGCAGGCGGGGCAGCGGCGGCGUCUGGCGGCGGCGGGCGCGGCGAGCGGGUCGCCCGGUGAGAGUGACGUGACGGCUGCGCUGGUGGGUGCGGUUCAGGCGUGGGGCCGCACCGGUGCGGCGCUGAUGGCGGCGCUGUGCGAGCAGCUGGCGCGGCAGCGACUGUGAGACUGUGAGGCGCUGAGGUUGCACGGUUGUGGUUACGGUAGUGGCAGUUUGCGCUUGUAGGACUUCGUUAUGAGUAUGACAUGAGACUUAGGGCCAUGGGUCGAUAUAGCAUGUGCCGGUACUUUUGUUGGCUUGGCCUCAGUCAACGCGCCGCUUGAUACUUGCGCAGGUGCAAAGGCCAGUUGCGUUCUGCAGGGGUUUGUUAUCAGGAUUCAAGUGGUGCGUCAGUAACUGAUGGAUCCGUGUAAUGAUUACUGUGUCUGAAACGCCGCGGCAAGCCAUGGAUUUAUGCUGCUCUUGGCCCUACGUUACGCAACCGUACCUUUGCAUCACCUCACAAUGUUGUAUGUUGGCAGCAAUAAUGUAUAGAUGCCAUGGGGGCUAUUUAGGGUUGGCUGGCAAUCAAUGCUGAGGGUGCGUGUAUAAGUCCUGCGGGCGGGGCCAGAAUGUGUUGAUAAGUUUGGGUAUGGUAGUGGAUCAACAGGGUGUCUCUGUGCAUGCAGUUUUACGGCACGAUACGAAGACUCAUCAAACCUGCUGUAAAACAGAAAUGCACGAGCGCGUUGCAGCUUGAGGUCUGGGACUGUCGUUGGUCAGUCCUGGAGGUAAGGGGACAGUGCGUGACCGUCCACUGGCGAGGGUGGGCGUAACGUAUGAUGUAUGAUGCACAAAGUCGAAACACGUGGCUGUCACUCAGGGCGUCGCAGGGCAGGUCGGGCGCGCCUACCCGCACUCGUGUGCAGGGCCCUGAGGAUCAGUGCUCGACCUGAAGUCCUGAACAUAGUCUGGAGCAUGUGUCAGCGCAACAGCCGUCGGCAAGGCACGGCAUGGCAUCAGGUUUCCGCGGGGGUGCAGACCUCACCUGCAGCGGGAUGCUGUGCAGCGCCACGCACGUGGAGUGAAGUCACACCAGGGCGCCAUGAUCCAUUUACC